ACAACGAAACCCCGUUACCAUGGAAGGGUGCGAUCGAUCGAUUGUCGCCAGCUCAAAUCCGAUAGGGAGCUGCAGUUUAAUCGAUCUCGAUAUUAUACAAUCGCUCCAGUGCACCCGGUGAGAACAAUGUGCAACACCUCCCCAACACCAAACAACGCAUAACUGGCCUUAAGUAUGCAGUGUACAAUAAACCUAUAUCUUCGCACAAGAUAAUACUAAACAAUACAACAGCAAACCAAUAAAAAAAACAUGUACGAAAGCACACCAGCAGCAAAAUAAUGUAUGGAUUAGGUUCAAAGAAAAGAUUACGUACCCGACAGUAAAUCAGUAACGACAGCAGGAGCAUUUUGAUCAAAAUCUAUAAAAAAUAUAUAGCAUCGAAAUCCUCGUUAGCGUAUCGUAGCACAAGGUAGCGAAAAGAAAACCAGGCAGAAAACCUAUGCGAUAAAGGCAACGGGAGGUUUGUAAUCUGGCUUCUUUACCCGCUGGGGGCUCAUCCUGCACUGCAGUGCCGUGUCAAAAGGUUAGUACACAGGUACCACCACGUACGAGUGGUCAAACCCGGUGUCGUGUUGUAGCAAAUUCCAGUGACCGCACCAGACCGUGUGCCGGACAGUGUUACCAGUUGCUGUUGUUACUGCAGCUGCACACAGGCUGAACCAUGUGCUGCUGUUCGAAGCGAUAUUCCAACAACGCCAAAAAGCUAUGGGCCUUUGGCGGUGUGGUGGCCAUCUUUGCGGCGGCCGCCUUUUUCGGCUUCGGUCUGCCCGCCAUCAUCGAUGCCGUCGCGCUGACUGAGUUCCGCGUGAAGGAGGGUGCCCGCGUGUACGAGAACUUCUUCGACGGUGAGGUGCCGAUCUUCUUCGACAUCUAUCUGUUUCACUGGACCAACCCGGAGCAGAUCCGGGACCCGAACGUGCGGCCCAACUUUGUGCAGAUGGGACCGUACGUCUUUUCCGAGCGCCACGAGCGUGGUAUGGUAUCGUUCAACGACAACGAUACGAUCACCUUCAACCAGAAACGCAUCUGGCACUACAUGCCCGAACUUUCGAAUGGUGAUUACUUCAACGAUCGUGUGACGACGCUGAAUCCAGUGCUGGCGACGGUCGGUAAAACGCUGGAAGGUGACCCUUUGCUGCCCCUGCUCGAUGGUAUCAUAAUGGCGAACAAUCUGGCCGAGUUUCUGUACAAGGAUGUGCCCGUACAUGAGAUGCUGUUCGAUGGACAUCCGGACACGCUGCUAACGACGUUGCGCGAUUUGCUGGGCGCCCUGCCGCCCGGCACUGUGCCCGACAUCAGCUUGCCCCCAUGGGAAGGGUUUGGAUGGUUCGUUGAGCGCAAUGAAAGUCUCACGUACGAUGGGACAUUCCAGAUGGGCACGGGCACGGAUAAUCACAUCAACACGGGCGUAAUGCGCCAGUGGAACAAUGCGCCCCAGGUGCCGAACUAUCGCGGAGUCUGCGGGCAGGUGCGCGGCUCGGCGGGUGAAGUGUGGCCACCGAUGGGACGCAAUCUGGGCGAUAACAUUCGGCCGCUUAAUCUCUUCCUGCCCGAUCUGUGCAGUGCGAUCACGUUGCGCCAUGAGCGCGAGUUUACGGUGCACGGGCUGGAUGGUGAGCUGUGGGUCGGCGAUGCACGAAACUUUGACAACGGACACACCAUCCCGGAAACCGAGUGCCAGUGUACAUCGCCCAUCGACCAGUGUCCGUUCUAUCGGCCCGGUGUGCUCGACGUGUCGGAGUGCAAGUUCGGUGCGCCGCUGGUAGUAAGCUAUCCGCACUUCUACCUCGCCCAUCCCAGUUACCGGACGGCUGUGACGGGAAUGGAGCCGGACCGUGCCAAGCACGAGUUCCGCUUCGCAUUGCAUCCAUUCUCCGGCAUCCCAAUGGCGGCCAAUGGUCGCAUUCAGUACAAUAUGCAUCUCAGAGAUAAUGGCAUGGCGCUGUUCCGAGACGUGCCAGACGUUAUCAUUCCCGCAUUUUGGAUAGAGCAGCGCAUGGUACUUACCAAAGAUAUUGCCGAUGAUCUGAAGCUUAUCGAAGACCUUCGAUGGGGAUUCAUCUAUACUGCUUUCGCACUGUGCGGUGUGGCCGCUUUGCUGCUGGGACUGUCGCUCUACGCUGCAUUCUUCGUGUGGAAAGACUAACACUUAAGCUAUAUACUGUCGGAACGACAAACCUGACCGAGUGAUUCAUUAUCUAUUUGUUUUAUAUACUUAUUCCUAUGGUUUUCUUUUUAACAAAUAAACUCUGGGCUGUGCUCAAGUUUUGGAUAAAUA